CUUCUCGCCGAUCUACUCCGUACCGACACCUCGAUCUCGCUGUUCACGGCACGCAGAACCCUUGAGUUUACCCCUUUCAUCAUGACGGACCCCGCCCUGAAUGUCCCGGAGACUCUCCAGUCCGCCUCUGUCAACCCAGACCCUUCCCCAUCCCACGACGUCAAUCCUCCAACCGCCGCCUCGGAAAAGAAGCCCGUGGUCGAACAGACUCCCUCUGAGCCGGACAGCAUCCCAUCGGAUGUUGUAGACCCGCGUCGAUCCAUUCAGCCUGUUCCGCGUCGGCACAACCUCCCUCCGUUGCCAGAUCUGCGCUUCGAACAGAGCUAUCUCGCUAGCAUUCGAGAUGCCGAUACCUGGGGACGAGUGGCAUGGAUCACAGUCAGAGACCAGGUCCUGCUGCCCUUGAUUCAAGGUACGCUCUGGACUCUCGCGCUUUCCGGCUGGCGGUUCUGGAACCGCAACGCCUCCCUCAGCGGGCAGACCCUAGGUAGCCGAAUCCGACGGUGGUGGUAUGAAACGAACAACUGGAAGCUUCCCUCUCUCCCGUCAGCAAGGGAUCCUCGGCUCGCGGCGCAAACGGAAGACUUCUACACGGCACAGUUCUCCAAUGCCGGUGCGGAUUAGACCCCUUUGACUACUUGUUUGCGUUAGAUUGUAUUCAGGGUUUGCAUCUCGGAGUUAUGGUCACAAGGCGUUGCGCCAGCGCUUCACUAACAUUUCUGUCUUUCUUUAUUUAUCCUUUUGCCCUGUUCGUCCGGCCUAUUUGUAGCGUCGAAGUUACUUGUCCCCAAUAUUUUCAAGGCCAAGCCAUCUCGGCCGACUUGGACGUCACAAUGAUAGUACAUACAUACAGUAUACUUAGCAAGCAUCCGAACAUGUCUA